AUGAGUUGGUACCAAUAUGGAGUUGGAAUAUGGCAUAAGUCGGUACCAUAUGGCGAAAUGAAAACAUCAAGAAUUUUGCACCCAUUUAUUCUUCCAUUGCUAGCUAUUGUUGACCUACCAUCACAAGAUUGGGAAAGAGAGUUUUGGUUUGUCUCUCCACUUUGUGAAAACGGUGAUCUUUAUGAAGUCCUCAGACAUGACAGGAUGCAACAGAUCCCGAAACUGAAUGGGCAGAAAAGAGUGAAAAUUCUGCUCCAAGUUGCUUUAGCUAUCAAGUACAUCCACACUGAAGUGCCUGAUGUCAGAGCUGUAGUUCUUCACAAAGACAUAGCCUCUGAAAAUAUUGUGUUGGAUGAAAUGUAUAAUGCCCGCCUUAUUGACUUUGGUUUGGUAAGUGAAGAGGAUAAUAUGAAAACUACAGCUGGUGGAAGAUUGUUUUAUUUACAUCCUAAUGUAGGAACAGAAAGUGCAAACGAGAGCUGGGAUUAUUAUAGUUUUGGUGUCAUUGUGAGAGAAAUGAUUACCACAUUUGGACCAGAAGGCCAGGGACCAAGACACUUGAUGAACAUGAAAGCUGAAUAUAUCACGGAUAAUAUAUAUAAAAAAAUAUGGGAACAUGAUCAUCUAGAAAAUGCACAUGAAAAACUGAAUGAUAUCGCAACAAAACUGCUAGAACAAACUAAUUGGAAAGUUAAAGAUUUCACAGAUAAUGUCAUCAAUGAGUUAAUAAAAAUAUAUACAGCCAUUGGUCAAAGCUGCUUUCUGGAUGUUUCAAAGGAACGAGGACAGGCUUGUCAUUCCUGCAUGAUCAAAACAAAAGCAAAGCAGACAUCCAUGAAUCAAACGCACAGGGAAAACUGCACUCAGAAAAUAGAAGUGUGCAUGGCAUGUGAGAAGAAUAGUUUCCUUAACCCAAUAAUAUGUUACUGUGGUACACAAUUGACACCUACUUUUGGUUCACUCCCAAUGGUAAUCCAACAAAUGGAUCAGUCUUCUAUACAUUUAUACAUGAAAUUAUUGGAUGAGGGUUAUGAAGUUGUUUGCAACAUUCGUGUGGUAGUUGUUGGACAUAAAGGUGCUGGCAAGACAACGUUAACGAAGCGUCUGUUAAAUAGAGAUGUUGAUAUCGGUAAGGAAGAAAGCACAAAUGGUAUUGAGGUACAUGUGAACAGAUGUAAAGUUUCCCGGGAGACAAAACAAUGGAUAAUAUCUGAAAGUGGUAAGUUUAAGCUGUCUGUGUUAAUGAAAUACAUUUGCUUAUGAACUUUAAUGAAGGUCAUAUUUGAUGUCUUUGCUCUGGAGGAUGUCUCAUUUACAAUAUUUAUGUUAAAUAAAAUAUAGGUAGAACUAUUCUACUUAAUUCUAAAGAUUUAUUAUGCUCCCGAAGGGUGGCAUAUUAAAAUCGAACCGUCCGUCUAUCUGUCCGUUAGUCCGCCCCGCUUUAUACUGUUAAAUAUAGACAGUGGUGGUCGUGUCCGCUCUGAAACUUCAGUAUGCAUGAAAGGAUUUUAAUUUUUCUUUCAUAUAUGAAAUAACCAUAGAUGUUUGGUGUGUCGCGAACAAGACUUUGGUUUCUACCACUAAGGUCAACGUCACUGUGGGGGUUCAAACUUUGCCAUUUUUUAUGUUAUAUAAAUAUAGAAGGUGGUCGUCAUGUCAGCUCUGAAACUUCAGUAUGCAUGAAAGGAUUUUAAUUUUUCUUUCACAUACAAAAUAAUCAUAGAUGUAUGGUGUGUAGCGAUUAAGACUU